UAAACCGACCUCUUUGCAUCUCUGGAUCUUUCUCUUCCAUGUUCUGCUUUAUACGUGUAGAAAUUUCUCAUACCUACUAACCAUCUCUGUAUUCUGUCAGUGUGUUCCCUCUCUUUUGUCUGACGCCGUCACCAUGAGUAGUAAACUGUGGACAGAGGAGCAGUUUAACUGCCCCGUGUGCCUGGAUCUCCCCAACGAUCCAGUCACCAUCCCCUGUGGGCACAGCUACUGCAUGGCCUGCAUCAAGGAUUACUGGAGCAAGGACGACCCCAAGGGGAUCUACAGCUGCCCCCAGUGCCGCCAGACCUUCUGCCCCAAGCCCUCCCUCUCCAGGAACACCAUGCUGGCUGAAGCGGUAGAGCAGCUCCGCAAGGGGGCCCUCAUAUCUGAUGUGCGUGAAUCUAUGCGCAGCGCCCGCGGGGCUCCUUCCUCCUCAUCCAGAUCCAAAGGGAAGCUCUCCUCCUCAGCAGUGCCGUGUGACAUGUGCAAAGGAGAGCAGCGAGCAGCGGUCAAGAGCUGCCUGGUGUGUAUGAGCUCAUACUGCGAAGCCCACCUGAAGCCCCACCAGACCAAGAAGGCCCUGAAUAAGCACGAACUCAUCGCACCCACGGGCAACCUGGCUGAGAAGAUCUGCACCCAGCACAAGUACCUGCAGGAGUUCUUCUGUCGCCAGUGCAAGAUGUUCGUCUGCUGGCUGUGCACCAGCAACCAGCACAAAGGCCACGAGUGUGUGUCCACCAAGGCCGAGCGCAUGGAGAAACAGAAAGUGCUGUUAGAGAUGCAGACGGAGAAUCAGCAGAGGCUGAAAGACAGAGAGCAGGAGCUCAAAGACAUGAAGAAGGUGAUGGAGGGGAUGAAGCGCUCUUCAGACAGGGUGCACGAUGACACGGAGGAGGUGCUGUCGGACCUGCAGCGUUCAGUGGAGCGUCUGCAGGAGCUCCUGGAGGAGGUGCUGGAUCAGGCCAGGCUGGAGAAGAUGGGCCAGGCCCAGGAGGUGGCCGACAGUCUGGAGGCUGAGAUCAAGGAGCUGAGGAGGAGGGAGACGGAGAUGAAGGACCUGGUUCGCUGUGAAGACCACAUUCAGUACCUGCAGACUUACGAGUCCAUGUGCAGUCCCUUGGAGUCGGGGGACCUGCCCACUGUCGUGGUCAAUCCGGAAGCUUCCUUUGAGCCUGUUCGUGACGCUAUCCUGGACCUCAGGGAGCGAGUGGAGGACCUGUGCAACCAGGAGCUGGGCAAGAUCACAAAACAAGUCAACGACACAACAAUGUUCACUUUGGGAGACGCCAAUCGGAGCGCGGGACAGAGAGCGGGGAUAUUUAAACUGUUUUCUGGUUUGGGUUCCCGCAACACAAACAGCCGUUCACCAGCUUCUACUCCCAGUGUCUCAGUCGGAUCGCGGAGUACAGACAGACGAGGACUUGGUAUAGGCCUCAAAGGUCAAGAUGUGAGGAGCAGAAAUACACCACGAGACAGAGGAAACACGAACUCCCCCAGACAGAGGAGAGAGGAGACAGUGAGGGAGACCAACUCCAGACCCAACCCCAGACCCAGUCCAACCCCCAGUCGCAGAGAGUCUCAGUCCCUCUGGAGUAGGUCCAGUCAGAACCAGAUUGCUCCUGCUGCAGCUCCGACCCCGACUCCAAUCCCAGCCACACCGGCUCCGGCUCCGGCUCCUGCUCCUGCUCCGGCUCCUGCUCCUGCACCAGCAUCGACUGGAGCUUUCAGUCGGAUGGCGUCCAUCAGCAGCCUCUUCCGCUCCCAUCGACGGGGCACCAACCAGGCCACCCCGGUCAACAACACACCACCUGCAGGAGGAAACCCAUGGGGGAUGGCUGCUCUGUCUGAAACACCAACACAAAUUAACCCUGGUCUCUUUUUGGACUCGCCCACCCCUGACACCAUGAAUCAUGCUCCUGUCUUUCCUGCUCUGAGAGAAAUCAACCUGGACAGCAUCCAGGCCCCAGAGCCCAGGACCAGAGAGGAGUUCCUGCAGUACUCUGUGACCUUGACCCUUGACCCCAACACAGCCCACCGCCGACUGGCUCUCUCAGACGUUAACACCAAAGCCACCCUGCAGGGGGCGGCUCAGCCCUACCCCGACACUCCCCAACGUUUUGACGGCUGGACCCAGGUGAUGUGCCAGAGCCCGCUGUACGCCCAGCGCUGUUACUGGGAGGUGGAGUGGAGAGGCCGGGGAUCAUCUAUGGGCGUAGCCUACGGGGCGUUGAACAGGAAGGGCUCAGACGCCAGGUCAGGUCUCGGCUACAACGCCCAGUCUUGGACCCUGGAGCUGUCGGACACCUGCUGCUCAGCCAUGCACGACAAUGAGAAGAGGGACAUACCGGUCACCUACUCCCCCCGUCUGGGCAUCUACCUGGAUCUGUCCACAGGGACACUGUCUUUUCACAGUGUGGCAGAGAGCAUGACACACCUUCACACCUUCCGCGCUAACUUCACCCAGCCACUUUACGCUUGCUUCGGGGUGGGGAGUGGCGUCGGGGUGGGUCUGGACUUUGCCCUUGGCCAGUUCUCCUCAAGCUCUGACAGCAUCAAGAUCUGUCCCAUGUGAGGAUGGAGACUGUAAAUCAGUAACUCGGAAGUGUUCGUGUCGAUAAAACUCAUUCGAAUCUGACACAAUGACUGAAAGCGUUUUGUGAAGUUUCAUAUGUUAAAUGCACUUAGUAAAGGAAGAUUAUGUUCUACACAAAAAACAAACAUUGCAUUGUUUACAGCCAUGGUAGCAGCAUGAAACUAUUUAUAAUGUAGUUCUGUCAGUCUGAAAUCUCAAAAACUAUUGGCUGGAUUUUAUUAUAUUUUAUAUUAUUUUUUUGUAUUUUUUAAUUAGAAGAUCCUGCACAUCCAUGAUCCAACGCAGUGGUGUUUAGAUUUCUCAUUUUCUCUCCUGACAAGUUAAAACUGGGGAGUUUGGUGACCUCAGGUGCUUCAACAAUCUAUAAUAAUGCAUUGUAUUUUUAUGUUGAUCAUAUGUUAUGUAUUUAAUACCAUUGUAUAUUCUAAAGUCACAUAAAUUGGAAAUAAUCAAAGUGGCCAUACGGAUAUUUUUUACAAUAACAAUAUAUCAAAUGACAAACAAUGAAACCUACAGAGCUUUAUGGUGAGCAUUUAUAAAUAAAUAUAUAUAAAUAUAUAAAUAUAAUGGUGCUUUUAGCAGCUUAAGAGCGGACUGGCCAUGCGGACCGUCAAAACAUACAUAAAGUUUUAAAGUUUUUACUGGCUCUAUCAGUCUAAUUCGUGUGACAGGACCAUGGAGCCAAUACUGGUCCGGUUUUACCGAAAUGGGGAAACUCUACGAGCGGCUAAACUUUAGGGUCCCGCUUGACUCGGAACUGGCUUUUCUUCCCGUUAAUAUGUAAGUAGCUUGAUGGUUCAUAAUGUUAAAUGUCUGUUACGUUAUCACAGUAGGCGUGUUAACGUUAGCUAACUUACCGUUCCUAAUUUUAUGAAUGUGUUCGGCUCAUGUUGCUACUGCUAGCUGGCUAACUGUCAGCAUUGCCGUGGCUCAUAUCACGGCUAUGCUAGCGUGGGCUAACGUGGCAGUGACGUUCGUUUACAGAACCUUUUUAAAUAAUUAACUAGUACCUCAAAAGUUUGUACAAUGUGUAUCUUUGUACCUCAAAAGUACAGUACUAAAGUAUAUUUGCUACCAAAUACCUACAAAACUAAUGAGCAGCUGGUGUACUUUGGGCUAAUUAGCAAAUGUUAGCAUGCUAACAUGCUAAACCAAGAUGGUGAAAACCGAUAAACAUUACCGCCUAAACAUGUAGCUCAAACCACUACUGUGCUUAGUUACAGCUAGCUUCACACAGCUGCUAGCAAGCCUCGAAACAGUCUAGUUUUAAUGUAUUUGUUGUAAUGUAUUAUUUUGAAAGUAUGUUACAGAAAGCUAGCUUGUAUUAGCUGAAAGCUAGGAGUUGCGUGGUCUAAAAUAGUCUUAAUGUAGGACCAAACAUUUAUUCCAAUUUUCAACCAAUUUUUAACUUUUGCCUGUCAUGAAAUCAAUCACACAAUAACUGAAUUCUAGCUCAAGACUUAAAUAAACCAGUGUGUGAGUCAGAAGCUUUUUUCCAUUGCUUUAUUUAAAAAAAAAGGGCAACUGUAUAAUACCCAUAGUUUACAGAGGAUCAUGAUCUUAGAGGGGAGACAUGAAGAGGAUAUCUUAUAUAGACAGAAACCUGAACCUCCUGCUUUACUGAAAGGAGAGCAUAUGACUACAAAUAAUGUAAAGAUAUGAACAGUCUGAAUGUGUCUUCUUUCCUCUUCUCUCCAAUCAUAUAAACAUACAAAACAUUAAACUCAAGCUCUUCCUCCAAUGUUAAAUAUAUUACAGCUGGUUAGCACAAAAUUGGUUGCAUACAGUAUACACAUAUGUAAGCCAGAGUCCUCCAUUUCUUCAGAAAUAAAAAUAACAUUUGGCUUGAUUUGGAUUCCCUUCUGUGGGCCUCUUGUUAUGAAAAGGGGAAAAAAAAAAGGAAAAUAAUGCUACAUAUAUUAAAAUCUUAUGACAAAAUGUUAGCUGACAUUAUUAAAACAGGCACAAACUUUGCUAAAUCUUCUCGUCAUGUUAGAAUUUAUAUACUUCAGAUAGUGAUGUCAGUAAAACAAGGUUAAAAAGUAAAAGUGCAGUAACUGAGUGGUGGAGUCUGGUUGGACUGACACAUAGGGGGCAAGCACAAAGCUCUAAGCUUACUUGUAUAUAAGCAUGAGAUUAUGUGGUGUUAUAAAUAGAAUAUAGAAUAAAUAUGAUAAUAAUCCGACCUUCUGGCUAAAGUGUGAACUAUAUAUGUCCUCGACAUAACCCCCAAGGUCCAUUUUUAAACAGAAAACAACCACUCAUAGUAAUCCUGGAUGUGAUGUACAACUAAAAUAAUGUGUCAGUGGUUUUUCCCCUCUGAACAGACUGAACCUGAACGCCCCACAGGCCUGAGAUAAACACAAUGGCUGAAAACUUUUCUUUUAAAGCCCCAGCGCUGUGGUGAAAUUUUUUCAACCAAGCAGUGAUCCUAAAAUGAACUCAACCUCAACCUCAAAAAAUCCCACCGAGUGCAACUCAUAUAUACAAACAUGGCUUC